AUGUCUAAAACAAUCGGAGUGGCAGAAAAGUUUGCGACUCUCUUCAAAAACAGCAAAAUUGCACAACUGCCAAAGCAUCUGGGAAAUAAGGAUGUGGAUUUCCAGAAAGCAUAUCCAACACACCAAAUCAUUGAGGCGUUACCAUCAUCAUUUUCAAGAAGAGACUUUGGUUUGAAGGUGCGGCUUCCGAAGAAACUCAAGAGCCGCAGGAUUAUUAUAAACGAUAUUGACAACAAGUAUGGACUCCCGGACUUUAAUACGCUAAACGGCUUUUAUUGGAAAAAGCUGCGGUUUCAGGAGAUGGACAUUCCAGUAGAGGUGAAAGGAUUAGAGAAUAACGGUGUCAGCAGCCCGCUUUUCCCCGGGGCAAGUGUGGAUGCCGAUGAGAGCAAGAAGCCCAUUUCAAUGGCCUUGCAUAUAAACAAGCAAUCACUGAACUCGAAGAAAUUCAAGAAGGAGGUGAAACCAAGCCUAGAGAAGCUUCGUAAGCCUUUUAGCAGGUGGUUGGCUCAGAAGCACCCAGAAAGCUUGGAGAAGCCGGAUCUCUCGGAUGAGAUAUCGGAGUUCGUUGUCGAAAAUACUCGCGAUUCUACUUCUAAGAUGCAUCUGCCAUCCUCGUACAAAAGCCAGCUUUCAGGCACAGCAGGGCUAUCUUACAAGUUAAAGGGCAGGCUUUACCAGACGCCCAAUGGUGCAGAGAGUGUCAAAGUUUUCCCAGGUAGGUUGCUCCAGUCCAAAAUGACAGGUUACCAUUUCGGACUUGGUGGAUUUGUUGGUCAUUCAUCCGCCUCACAGUCUCAGGUGAAAUACCUCAGCAAGAUUUCAGAGCUGUCGAAGCCCAUCGUUGGAUCUGAUAAGUUCAGCAGGGAGCUCAAGAUCCCCUUGGUACCAAAGCAUGCCUACAUCAAUCCAAUGAACAAGAAAUUGGAACUUCACGUGGACCCUGUGAGAUCCAAUAAGAGGUACGGAGGCAACAACAGAACGAGUUUGUCCUCGAUCAAGAACUCGAUAUCGCCAAGAUCAUCAAUUGCCGGAAACGACAAGGAGACCUCUGUGCUCAACUCGUUGUUGGGGUUGCUAGAGACCGUCGAUAACAAAUGA